AUUUGUGCAGCCAAUUGCUGCUUGCUCUGUUAACGCGUCAUCGAAAGAAACAUGGCGGCGCGCAUUACCAGGGCUGUGAAACGACUUCUUCCAAAGGAGAGGGGUUGGCUCCUUCCCACAGCCUGGCAGAAUACCGAGGCCGGGCGUUAUCACCACCACUCGGCAGGCUCCUCACUGCGCUACAUACCCCGCAGGGCGGUUCUCUACUGCCCCGGCAAUGAUGAGCGGAAAUUGAGGAAACUAGCUUCGCUGGAUGUCGACUGUGCCGUCUUGGACUGUGAGGAUGGCGUAGCCCUCAGCAAAAAGACAGAGGCCAGGGAGACCAUCCCCAGGAUGUUGGCUGAACUGGACCUGGGCCGGACGGAGAAGUGUGUGAGGGUGAACUCUGUGUCCAGUGGCUUUGCUGAGGCUGACCUGCAGGUCAUCCUGCAGGCUGAGGUUCUCCCUCCUGCCAUCAUGUUGCCUAAAGUGGAAGACACACAGGAAGUGCAGUGGUUUGUUGACAGGUUUCAGCACUACUUGAAAGGACGGGCACUGACAGAACCCGUCCGCCUGGUCACCUUUGUGGAAACAGCUGUGGGCCUGCUCAAUUUUAAGGCAGUUUGUGAGGAAGUCCGUCGACUUGCUUCGAAGGCCGGCCUCCACCAUGACGGUGUGGUGUUUGGCUCUGAUGACUUCUGUGCCAGCAUAGGUGCCACACGGACCAAAGAUGCCAGGGAGCUCCUUUACGCCAGGCAGAAGGUGGUCGUGACCACCAAAGCGUUUGGGCUGCAGGCUAUCGACCUGGUCUACAUCGACUACAAAGAUGUGGAGGGGCUGAGGCGACAGGCCAGGGAGGGCGCUCUCAUGGGCUUUACAGGUAAGCAGGUUAUCCACCCAGGGCAGAUCCAAGCUGUGCAGGAGGAGUUCUCCCCCAGUCUGGAGAGGGUCCAGUGGGCCAAAGAGCUCAUUGCUGCUUUUGACCAACACCAAAAGGAGGGAAAGGGUGCGUUCACCUUCCGUGGCAGCAUGAUUGACAUGCCCUCGGUGAAGCAGGCGAAAAACAUCGUAACGCUCUCCGUUGUGGUGCCAGAGAAAUGACACAACUGGUGGGAAGAAUCACGAGGAACCGCACAACUUCACCCUGAUGGGAGACGUCAAAGGGAACGGGAACUCUUGCUGGUUUCAGCACAAAAAUGGCACUUUGAAGUGUUAUAAACUAUAUUGCUGGACAUAACUGGAUGGUGGAAAUUGUGGUUUUAAUUGAAGUUUUAAUAAAUGUGGAAAUUGUUUUUAUUUAAUUUGAUUGUUAUGGCAAUUGCAAUAAGUUUUACUUUUUCUUUGUUGGUCCUUUUAUUCACUCGUGGCGUGUAUUGACGAUUACUGCCUUGUUUGGGCACUUUAUUUUGGCACACUGUGUGCCAUCAUGUCAUUCUUCAUGUAUGUGUGCCCAUGCCUCCCAUCUCUCCUAGGUCAUGAUGAAUGCUCUCCCACCUCCACGAUCCAAGCAGCUGGGUGAAAGGGUAAACAAACACAACAAGCCACUGUUGUGGAUCUAUUCAUUAGGCCCCAGUGCUCCAGUUAGGCCUCAGCCCCCUGCCCAGGGCCCGACUCACAAACAUCAAAGUCUCACUCGCUUAGAAAACACAGAUGGAAGUGCGUAAACUUACGAUUUCGCUUUUUUUGUGUCAGCCUCCUCAGUGAAGACAUUCAGCUCGCCCUGUGGCAGCCGUGAGCCUGCGGUCUUGAUGGAGAAGGCGUGUGGCGUCACACACACACCAUGACCUGUAAAAAAUGUAAAGAAACACUGCAUACAUGCACAUGCUGCGACAGUAUUCUUUACUUGAACGCUUAUUUAACACAAAGAUUUAAACUUGGAUUAUUGUUUCCAGACUGUCUUUUUGCUCCUCGACAAGUUCAGUAAAGUCGUUUGUUGUGCUGUAACAAAUAAAAGCACAAAGGCGCUCUGUGGAGAGCUUGUGCAUGUCUGACUUCCAGAGACAGUGAAGUGGGUGUGAUGUUGGAGUGAGACAGAUUAGUGGCCAUGUUGCGCCAGCAGACCAGGACCGAGGCUUUGUCUCUCUGACUGUGGAUGGGAGGAUAAUUGGGGGGGUGUUGAAUGGUUAAUAGUGCCAUUGGUGACCAUGGUAAUGAAAGGCACCAUACCCCACCUCAUCCCCUCAUCUCGCCCUCUCUCACUACUGUAUGAUCUAUUGUGUCUGGGGCAGGACUGUGGUCUGUGCCAGGCCAGACAAAAAGAUUGAAACCACUCCUGCGCCCAGCCAAAGACCCCAACAGUAAGCUGUCUCUUUGGCAUUUGGCCACAUAUUUCUCUCACCCCUGCUCACUUUUUUCUGCCAUGAAUUCACAUUGUUUGUUUUCACCCAAUGUUCCAUUAAACCCUUACGUUGGUAGACACAACUGUUAUGUAUUACUUUAAUUAAAUAAAUCUACAAACGGUAAAGAACCAUUGUGCAGGCUCUGUGGAUCUUUUAAACAGGCAUUGGACAAGCCACAUCUCACACUUGGUCAUUCUGCAAUGUGUUGUUUGUGAAUAACCUGUGCUGAUUGUAUGAAUCAAACGUUUUUCUUGAUUUGAGGUUAUGUCAUUCAAAUGGGCUUCACUGAUUUGUAUCAAACUUGAAACUCUGACUUUUUUUAAACUUGCAAAUGUAUCAUUUGUUGCAGCUUAGUCUUUCCACAAUCUGAAGUGAAUGCUGAAAGAGUUACUGGAGGAAGUCCACUUUGAUUUUGCAUCAAUUAGUUUAAGCUUCUGCAUGUCUUUUAAUUGUGAAAUCAUUAAAUGCAAUUAAUAAUU